AUUGAAAGCUAUCAGUACUUUCGUUAGUUGUGAAAAUACACGUUUUAAAAAAAAGACUGCCGCCGACUCGAAAGCAUCUGUUUUUCGUCAACCUUGUGGUCACAUUUGCGUGCGUGUUGAGAGAAAAAAGAAUGCGUGUUUCGCUGUAUUGUGUGCUAUUGAGAACAUCUCAUAUUAAUGUUGGGAUUGUGAGAAGCGUGAUAAAUUUGUGCCCCUCGUUCAGAUCCAGCGUAUCUGAAACACUUAACAUACAUCACCUAAUUUCAAUUUCAAUUUGAAUUGGCCAGGCAAGGCAUUUGUCGCCAAAGCGGAACAGGCUGUACAGCAGGGGUCAACCUGACUGAAAAGAUGCACAGGAAUGCUGGCCCCAUGUCUGGUGGCAGUGGCCACGGGGGAGGGGAGGGAGACUGGGUGUGCCCUUCAGCAAAGUGCAACAACCUGAACUUUGCCCGCCGGAUGUCCUGUAACCGAUGUGGCACCAACAAGCCCAAGGAGAUGGGCAUCAAAAAGAAAUUUGGCAUCGAGAUUGGGAAGGCAGCUGCAGACAAGAGCAAAGGCCUGUUCAGUGCUGAUGACUGGCAGUGUAACAAGUGCGGUAACGUUAACUGGGCGCGCCGCUCCACGUGUAACGUGUGUAACGCGCCCAAGGUGGGCGAGGUCGAGGAGCGAACCGGCUUCGGCGGCGGCUACAACGAGCGCGUCGGACUCGAGUACAAGGAGCGUGUCGAGUCGGACGACGAGUACGACGAGUUCGGCCGGAGGAAGAAAAAGUUCCGAAGCAGUUCGGGUUCUGCCAGCAAAGAACCGGCGAAACCGGCGCCAAAGGAAGAAAAGGAGGAAUCAGAAGAAGAUGACGACGAUGACGAUGACGAUGACGGCGACCUCUCCAAAUACGACCUGAGCGGCUGGGGUGACGACGAUGACUCCAAGACAGACUCCAAGACCGACUCCAAGGCCGACUCCAAGACCAACUCCAAGACAGACUCCAAGUCGAAGGAGAGGUCCCGCCGCCGCUCCCGGUCCUCCUCGUCUUCAUCUUCUUCCUCCUCGUCGUCGUCCCGGUCCGGCUCACGCUCUCGGUCCGGCUCGAGGUCACGCUCAAGGUCGAGGUCAAAGACGAGGUCACGCUCCAGCUCCAAGUCAAAGUCACGCAAUGGGAGGUCGGGACGGCGGCGCCGGUCAAGCAGCGGCUCUCGCGACUCCAGUCCGGCGGCGGGCAAGGGCCGGCGCAGGUCCAGGUCCCGCUCCAGGUCCGGGUCGAGGUCACACGGCCGCCGCCGCCGCACCCGCUCAAGGUCGCCUGUGGGCCGGCGGUGAGGUCGCGGCGGUCUCCCGAUUGGACCGCCGGUACCAUCGAACGUCUGCGGGCCUAUCGACUGCCACCGAGCGUUUCAUGCCGGCCAACACAGCCCGGCCACUGGCGCCAGACACGACACAGUAAAGUAUUCCCCUACAGUCGAGCGUUCUGCCGUAAAGUAUGUGAGCUCAGUUCUGGUUGCGAAAACAGUGGGUGUUGUGGAUGCAUUGGGGUAGGAAACAGAUCAAAAGGUCGGCUUCUCUGUGGUAUUUGAUAUUGAGACGAGCGACUUCGUUGGACUGUAAAGUCAAGUGCUAGACUAAGCUGACUUGCCGCUCAUCGGUACGUUUUUUCGCUUGUUCUCUGUGUAAAUGACAGGGUCUGUAGGGAUGGGUUAUAUGGGACGCAGAUCAGGGGGAAAAGCGUCCCAUGCGAGUUGCAACUUCGUCGAUUUGUAUUGAUUGACCCAUUUUGGUGCCUUCCUUGCCAAUGACUUCCUAAUUUAGGAAACUAUUGCCCUCCCCAGCUUACCCUAGGUUCCAACCUGUCAAAAAUGCUGAUCUACUGAAGCCUCGCAUCUUCAGCAUUGAUGCAGUUCUUGCUGAAUUGAUUUUUGGCACGCCAUCCUCUUGUUAUUGGGUAUUGUUAGUAAUUUAACGUUUGCAUGCUAGCAUUUUCGGUAAUAAAAAGAGGGCUGCCCUGCCCCCCCCCCCCCCGUGUCCGGCCGUCGGUGUCGUGUUAGGUCCGCUGGUGGUCGGCGACCCGCUGUGGAAGCGAAUUGCGCGCGUUUCCCAGCCAUUUAUCAGCGUUUCAUACCAGAUAUUCGGUAGUUGACGUUCGCUUUCGGUUUACUGCCAUCUUUGAUUUCGAGUUUUUU